AUGCCAGACCAAAAUGAGACGCGGCUCUUCAGCCUUUGCAAAUUCGCUUUUGUCCCGUGUAAGGAAUUAAAUCAGAGCGUGAUCGACGAGCUCACGCAGACUGUCAUUAAGUAUGGCGGCAAAGUCGAGACUGAGCCAGACCGACCGCUGGUCGAAAUUGAAGACUUAACUCACAUCAUCGCUACCUCGAUCGAGUUUGAAGCGUACACGGAAGCGACAGCAAGAAUGAUUCCUGUCAUUAAGCCUAAGUGGAUCUCAGCGUCCCUGGCAAAGGGAAAACAAGCCCAGAUACGCCCUUUUACACCAGACCCUCGAAUGAUCUUCUCUGACGUGGUACUGUCGUGCGCCGAUAUACCUUCUACUGACAAGGAGGCAAUCAUCGGUGCUACAAUGGCAAUGGGCGGAAUGGACUCGGACAACGUCACGAAGCUGACCACACACAUCUGCGCACUGUCCAUGAACCAUCCGAAAUGUCAGUUGGCCCAGAGCAAGAAGCUGAAGUGCAAGAUAGUCCUCCCUCAUUGGUUUGAUGACUGCUUCAAGUUGGGAAAGCGUAUUUCUGAAGAGCCGUAUUGUUUGCCUAAGCCCGAGAUACAGCACGCCAAUCCCGAAGACCCGGUUAGAGUACCAUCGAGCCAACAUCUUGAGGGUGCUACUUCUGCUCGCCCGGAUUACAUGCCCAAUCCUUCUCCAGACGCCGGAGAGGGCCGUCCUACCCUAACUGUGUUUAAGGGCAAGUCGAUUAUGUUGUCGGCAGACUUAUCGAUCAGAGAUCGUCUUAGGGAAAUCCUGAAGGGAUUGAUCCUGAACGGCGGAGGCCAGAUGACUGAUGACGUUGAUGCUUGCGACUGGUACAUCUGCCAAUAUCGCGAGGGACCGCAGUAUAUACGCGCCUCUCAGACCGGCAAGGAAGUUGGGAACCUAUCUUGGUUGUACCAUCUCAUUACCCGCAACCAGUGGACGUCUCCUAUCAUGCGACUUCUUCAUUACCCUAUCCCACGUGACGGGAUCCCGGGGUUUAAGGGGAAGAAGAUUACGGUGUCUAACUACGGAGGUGAGGCCCGUAUAUACCUGGAAAAUCUGAUCGUCGCUACUGGUGCGGAGUUCACAAAGACCAUGAAGGCCGACAACACACAUCUGAUCUCUGCCCGAAAAGUUGGCGAAAAGUGCGAGGCCGCUAAGGACUGGAACAUCGAGGUCAUCAACCACCUUUGGAUUGAGGAGAGUUACGCAAAAUGCGAAAUGCUACCAAUAUCGGGAGGCAAGUACGAUUGCUUCCCAGACCGCACAAACCUUGGAGAGGUCAUCGGCAAAACAUCCUUCGAUAGGACGAAACUGCGAGAGCUGUAUUUUCCGGGUGGGCAAGAGAAUCCUAGUUCGCCGCCUACUUCACUGCCUACACGCAAGCGUAAGAUAUUGGACAUGGCCGACGAAAAUUCAGUUCCAGAUGGCCCAGCCGAAGGUGUUGUAAUCGGCCGUCAAGCUCAUAAGCAGUUCGAUGUUAUGAAGGAUACUGAAGACGGCUAUGCAGAGAAGACGGCCGACGUCUUUGGAGUACCUGCACCGACAAAGCGUCGCGCUGUAACGGGCCAGUUCGCGACUCCGGCUAAGGGUCGCCAUGUCCGGACUGGCAAAGAGAACGAGACUCCUUCUACAGUCUCUUCAUCAAGCCGGAGUGCAAAAGACAAAGCACUGAACAGACUAUCGGUUCUUGCUCCCGAUAUACAGUUGUACGAGAAGGAAAAGAAACGUGGGCUCAAGGACGGUCACGGACUCUGGGGAGGUAAGCGGGCAGCUGAUCACAUCGACCGAGAGCACCUCAAUCGCCGCAGCGUUUCGAGCCCGGUCACAGCAAGCGAAGAGAAAGAGGCCAAGACGGAGAAGCGACCGGCGAAGAAAGCGAGGCCUACUUUACCGGAGGUCAAUAUGCGAGUAGUGCUCACUGGAUUCCAGCGAUGGGUUAACGAUAAACAUCGCGAGGAUGCUGACCGCAAGAAGCUACGUGACCUCGGUAUCGCUGUCGUGCCAGACGGACAGACAUGCGAUUAUCUUGUAGCCCCCCAUUUGGUUCGGACAGUCAAAUUCCUUCGCAAUCUAUCGAAGGGUGCCACCAUCGUGUCUUCGAGCUGGAUCGAGCAGUGCCUUGAUCAGAAAGAGCUCUUAGACCCGCAGGAUUUCAUUCUGAAGGACAGAGAGAACGAGGAGAAGUUUGGCAUUAAGUUAUCCACCUCGGUGCGCAGGGCUCGCCAGAAUGCGGGCAAACUCCUCUGGAAUACGCCUAUCUACUGCACGAACAAUAUCAAGAACGGACCGGAUGGUUAUCGAUUUAUUGCCGAAGCCAAUGGCGCUCUCUUCAUGAUGUAUGGCGCAAGAAGCGGUACAACGAUCAAGCCUACCAAGCCUGAGGAUGACGAAGGUGGACCGGACCCGGUGUACCUGCUAAGCAACACGAGUCCGGAAGAGAAGAGACUAUGGAAGAAGUUUGAGGAUAUGGCGCGAAACGGCAACAUGGAGCCGCGCAUCGUUGCCGCCGAUUGGCUGUUGGACGUGGUAAUGAAUCAGGAGGUUAUGUUCGACGAGAAGUACCUGGUGACGAAUUUCUUUACUUGA